AUGUAUUUCUUCCUCUUUCUAGAACGCGCUUAUCAGAGUAUGGCUGUGCCUGAUGAGGCAGAUAGUGUUAUUGACGGAUGCAAAAAAGAUCAAUAUCAGAUUGUAAAUCCAGGACUUUUAGAAUAUCAGUUAAUCACAGUUCCGGCAAACGGAUACGUUUGUCUAGCUAUUGACACUGUUUUCAUUGUUGGUGAAAAAUUGAAAAUUACAGUAUCCCAACACAAUACUACUUACAAAAAACCAAAAUCGAGUAAGUAUUUCAUCGGAGUUUCAACAUAUUGCAGAGAAGGCGCACACUCAUGUAAAAUUGUUCACCCAACACUCCUCAAAAUCGAAUCAUCUUUAAGCUCAGAGCAGCAAGUUUAUAUUAUUGGCGCUGAAAGAUCCAUCAAAACCCGUGAUUACGUCGAGAGACAGUAUAGACAUAACCAAUAUUACUUCUCCUCAUAUAAGAGCACUUCAUUAUUAACAGAAUACACAGUAUCCAAAGUCAACAGAACAGAAGGUACAUAUCAAGACAUUUGGGAUGAACAAUAUCAUUUAUAUUCAUGUCCAGUUACGAUCGAUAAUGAUGUCACUGUUUCAUACAGGAAAAAUCAUAACAUCAUCCGGGUUUUGUCAAACAUGAAUGCAAACGUUACAUUACAGAACUCGACCGAUGAGAAGGGCACAGUCAAUACAAAAGGCGCUACGAUUGUUGGUCUAGACCCUAAAGAGUUACCAGCAGAAAAAAUUUACGAAAUUGAAUCAAGAGCUUAUGUCAAAUGGAAGCUUAAUGGUCAAAACAAGAAUAUGCGCAAAUUCAUUGGCAGAAUUAAGAACGAUAACAAGAUCCUCAACUUUGGAAAUCUUGUAGGCAUUUACGAAUUGCCAAUUUGGGCACAUAUUCUCAUUAUUGUUAUUAUAUGUCUCUUGGUUAUUGCAAUUAUUAUUGCUCUCAUCAUUUGCUGCUGGAGAUUCGCAACUGUUGAAGACACAACAGAAACAGCUGCAGAAGAAAAGAACUUAAAUGAGUCGAGUGAUGACGUGAUGUUGAGUGAAUAA